GCUAGCAGAAAAGUGAAAACCAAUUGUCUUUUGUUGUUUGGUAUUGACAGAUGGAUCAGCUGGCUAGUAGUGUGAAAUCAGAACUCGUGACUAGCCCUAGUAAGCGUCCAAUUUGCAUGAUCGAAGUCGAUGCUUUGGUUAACAAGUGUGUCAAGAGAAGGAGGAGGGAUUCAUCCACGGCUGUUUCACCAACAGGUCAUAAUGUUGAUCAACAACAGCAGACACAGCCUAACCAUCCAUCGAGUACUACCACUACCACCACUACUACUACUACUGUCAAAAGAAGUUCCAGAUUUCGCGGAGUCAGCAGGCAUAGAUGGACAGGGAGAUAUGAAGCUCAUUUAUGGGACAAGGGGUCUUGGAAUCCAACACAAAGGAAGAAGGGAAAGCAAGUUUAUCUGGGGGCUUAUGAUGAAGAAGAAUCCGCAGCAAGAGCAUAUGAUUUGGCAGCACUCAAGUACUGGGGAACAUCAACUUUUACAAAUUUUCCGGUGUCUGAUUACGAGAAUGAAAUUGAUCUAAUGAACACCCUAACAAAAGAAGAAUACUUGGCCUCUCUAAGAAGAAGAAGCAGUGGCUUUUCAAGAGGUGUAUCCAAGUACAGAGGAGUUGCAAGGCAUCAUCACAAUGGGAGAUGGGAAGCAAGGAUUGGGAGAGUGUUUGGAAACAAGUAUCUGUAUCUUGGCACUUACGGUACCCAAGAAGAGGCAGCUCACGCCUAUGAUAUUGCAGCGAUAGAAUACAGAGGCAUAAACGCUGUGACCAACUUUGACUUGAGCACAUACAUAAGAUGGCUCAGACCAGGACCCAGUUCACUUGUUGCUAAUUCUCAAGAACAACCAAAACCAAAUAUUGCUGACUCCAACAGCAACAAUCCAAGCAAGGAAGAGAGACCAAUGUCAAUCUUUAAUCCGAAUAACUCAUUCGCAGUAGAGGGUCUAGACACCACAAGAACUAGGGACAUUUUCCAAAGACAGAAUACUAUGCCCCCCACCAGUCCUACUUGCACCCCUCAGUCAUCUAAUUCCCCAACUGCACUCAGCCUCCUCCUCAAAUCCUCCAUAUUCAAGGAGCUGGUGGAGAAGAAUUUGAAUGAUGAAACCGAAGAAAGUGACGAUGAGAAGAGUGAUAUAAUAAAGAACUUGCUGCCGCAGACAAACGGGACUGAAAAUCUGAAGAGAAUUUUGUAUGAAGGGAUUCACAACAUCCCUUUUUCGUGUUCAUCCAACAGGGAUAUGUUGCCUGCUUUAGAGUCCCGGGAGAAGAACAUGCUACCAUCAUGCAAUUCGAGGGGGCAAUCCCUUUGGAAUAAUGGUGCCAUCAACAUGUUCUCAUCCGCUGAUUUCAACUGAUCGACUUAAAAUUAAUUACAAGAUCAUCGUUCGGGUGUUGAUCUUGUACUUAUGUCCAGAACGAGUUCGUUGGGAGUUUAAGAUUAAGCAUUUUGGAAAUGGGGAGCUAGAGGAUCUGCAUUUAUAGUUUAAUUACUAGGAAACUCUAGCGAGCUAGAUACCUUUGUUUUUGCUCUUAUUCUGACUGUUAGAAGCAGUUGAUUAUGUGAAUAAAUCCCUAGAAUGAAGUAAUAAAAGGAUUGGCUAGUGUGACAUGACUUUACAUAGUCUUGUAGCCUCUUAAAAUAAUUGAGCGAUAUUGUACUAGUGGAUGGUAUCAAUUUUCCCUUACUUGCUUGACCAUCGAUUUAAGGUACAAGCACGUAGAGAUCCAUUGUAUGUGCCGU